GUCAGAGCAGGCUCGUUGCAAACGAUUCAUCACUACUGUACGCAUGCGUUGUCGUCGUUGGUGUAUAAGCUGUUGUGACGUGUAUUAUAAAGUUGCUGGUGUUCUUAAACAAAGAUGCCACGUAAAAAGGGGUUCCGGAGAUCUGAGGCGGCUAAGAGGCGCAUGGCUGUUGUCAGCCAUGUUGAGCCUCUUGUAAAAAGACCCGCAUAUGAGGUUGGGCCUCCUCUCAAAAGUGCUCCAAUACCGACAAUUUAUUGUCCCAAAACUGUCAAUGAAAAAGUCCAUGUGACUGCCAAAACUGCCAAUGAGAAAGUCCACGUGACUGCCAAAACUGUCAAUGAAAAAGUCCAUGUGACUGCCAAAACUGCCAAUGAGAAAGUCCACGUGACUGCCAAAACUGUCAAUGAGAAAGUCCACGCGACUGCCAAUAAAACUGUCAUUGAAACUGUCAUUGAGAAAGUCCAUGGGACUGCCAAAAAAACUGUCAUUGAGAAAGUCCAUGGGACUGCCGUUAACACUGUCAUUGAGAAAGUCCAUGGGACUGCCUAUAAGACUGUCAAUGAGAAAGUGCAUGUGAAUGACAAGGUAUCUGCCAAUGAAGCUGAUAAAGUACUGGAUGGAUCAGUUAUAAGAGGAUCGUUCAGUCAAGACGAUAUGCGAUUUGGUAGUACAAGAAAUAAGCAGUGUGCGGCUAUCAGUUUAACAUCUGUACUUCAGCACUGUGUAAAAAAUGUUUUGACAUGGCAAACUGCAGAUUUGGAUAAUGUACUGAAUAAGGGAAAUGACCUUUAUGUUGUUUUAAAAAAUACAAGGCAAAUAGGAAAAGGCCAGUGUGAAUACAUAUUGAUUCCAGAACUUCCCAGAACAUGUACGUACUGUGACAAAUAUUUUGAAAUAAAGUUUGGUUCAUCUUUCGGUGGCUUUACUGAUGUUUUUGAGUAUGAUGCAGAAGUGGGAGAUUUUGCAAUGCCAUUUCAUGUAGCAGUGGAGCGAUCGCUGCGUGAUUUUGAUGCUUGUUUGGUAACUAUUGCUGCCAAUACAUGUGCAAUUAUAAAACAAGGUAAUUUGUAUGCCAUUGUAGAUUCACAUGCAACCAGUUUCAUUAAUGGCCAACAAUACAGAUCUGCAACAAGCUUUGUAGCUUAUUACAGCAACAUUGAUCAUGUUAUCAGUCGGUUUUAUCAAGAAGUCAACAGUGGUCCAGAAUGUGUUUGUUGUGUAUGUCAUCGGCUAUUGUUUAGAAAACAAGUUAUUGAGUGUAAAUUUGAUUGCUAUGAACAAAAAGGACAGCACAUAGCUGAUUUAAGUAAAAGAUGCAUCACACUGAAGUAUUUACAUGUAUGUGACACUGAAUGUGAGGAUAAUUGUAAUUUAUCUGGGCAUUUAGCCUGUAAUUUGUGGAUAUGUUAUACAUGCCAUCGAAAAAUCCUUAGAGGACAACUACCUGAAGAGAGUGUUGCCAACAAUAUGCAUUUGGAGGACAUUCCUAAAGAAUUAAAAUGUCUAAACUCAUUGGAACAACAUCUAAUAUCACUCAAUAUUCCUUUUCUUAAAUUGCUAUGUCUUCCCAGAGGUGGGCAGAGGGGUUGCCAUGGACCUGUUGUCUGUAUUCCGGUUAAUACUACAAACAUGACCAACAUACUUCCACGAAAUGAAUGUGAUGAUCAUAUGAUAAAAAUCAAACUGAAACGAAAAUUGACAUACAAAGGCCAUUAUGAAUUUAAAUAUGUCCACACCGAUCAUGUCAGAAAUGCUUUAGUAUAUUUGGUGAAAAACAACAAGAUGUAUAAAGAUGUGCAGUUUAAUGAGCAGUGGAUUAACAACUUGAAUAAACCUGACGAGGCUGAUGGUAAUGAAAUGCAGGAAGAUAAUGUUUCUGAUAACAGUGACGAUGAUAAGGUAGCUGAUGAUGAAUCACAUGAAGAUCUUACAUAUAUCAAAGAGCAAAGUGGACUUUUGUCAGACACAUCACUACAGCCUGUUGACAUUGGUUCAGAAAUAAUUGAUCAACAUUUUCAUGAUGUACUAAAUGUAGCACCAGGUGAAGGUAACAGUCCUGUCAGGUUAUUAUCAGAUGAAACCAAUGAGGCUAAGUGCUUCCCUUUUCUCUAUCCGACUGGUGGUCCAACAUUUCACGAUGACAGACCAGAAAAAAUCACAUUGUCAAGAUACCUGAAUAAUGCACGAAUAUUAAAUGCUGAUGGACGUUUUGCUCAGAAUUCAGACUUCAUUUUUUAUGCUCAGUAUAUAUCAGAAGUUGAACAAAUUCUGUCCAAUGUCUCAAUUGCAUUACGAAAAGGUUUUGAAAAAGGUAGUUUAUCAGAGCUGACACCAGAUAUGCUGACAAAUCCUGAUUCCUUGCAAAAAAUACUUAAGUUUGAUGAAGGAUAUAAGUUUUUGAGACCAGUCAGAGGGACCCCUCCCUAUUGGAUGUCUACACAGAAAGAUCUAUUUGCUUUAAUUAGACAAAUUGGCAUACCAACAUUCUUUGCAUCUUUUAGUUCUGCUGAUAUGAGAUGGCCUGAAAUGUUGAACACCAUUAUUAAACAAGAGGGCAAACAAAUCAAUUUAGAUCAACUUGCCUGGGCUGAGAAAUGCGAACUUAUACGAAAAAAUCCUGUCACUGCAGCAAGAAUGUUUGAUCACAGAUGGCAUUGUUUUUUGAAACAUGUCAUUAUGUCACCAGCUGAACCUAUCGGUAAAAUAAAAGACUAUUUUUAUCGUGUUGAAUUCCAACAACGUGGUUCUCCUCACGUUCACUGUCUGUUUUGGGUGGAAAAUGCUCCAAAGCUUAAUGAUGAUGAUGAAGCUAAUGAUCCUGUGGUUGCUGAUUUCAUUGACACAUAUAUCACCUGUGAGACACCGCCAGAACAAGACAUAGAACUCUUUGAAACAGUAAACAGUGUGCAGAAGCACAGUACAAGACAUUCAAAAACAUGUCGCAAGAAAAAUACAGUAUGUCGUUUUAAUUUUCCAAGACCUCCAUCUAGCCGUACCUUUAUUACAAGAGCAUCUAAUGCGGACGAGUUUAAAGGGAAAAAUGAAGAUGACACAGCAAAUGCCAUUUUACAAAAAAUAAAAAAUGCUUUAAACUCUGAUGUGAUUUUUGAUUCAACUGAUGAUUUAUUCUCUUCUGUGGGUAUUUGUCAGGCUGUCUUUGAAAAAGCAUACAACAAAUGUUCUAAAAAGAAAUCCAUUGUCUUGAAACGAAAUCCAAAAGAUAUUUGGGUAAACCAGUAUAACAGAGAUUUACUGCGUGCUUGGCAAGGAAAUAUGGAUAUUCAGUAUGUCACAGAUGCCUUUUCUGUAGUAGUUUAUAUACUAAGCUACAUUACAAAAGCAGAACAAGAAAUGGGACUUUUGCUUCAACGUACGCAAAAUGAAGCUAUGAAUGGAAAUCUUGAAGCUAAGGCAUCUUUAAAGCAAUUGGGAAGUGUUUAUUUGCACAGCCGCGAAAUUUCCGCGCAAGAAGCGGUGUACAGACUGACAGGCAUGCAUUUAAAGGAAUGCUCACGUAAAGUACAAUUUAUUCCAAUAGGACCAAAUCCUGUAAAGAUGAGUUUGCCUUUAAAUGUGCUUAAGAAUAAAGUGAAGAAAGAACAGUCUGAUGAUGAAAGCAGUCUUUGGAUGACAAGUUUUGUUGAUAGGUACACGAACAGACCACAGAAACAACCACUACUUAAUCUUUGUCUUGCCAGUUUUUGUUCUGAGUACAGAGUUUUGACAAAAUCAGAAGUUUUGUCACAAAAACAAAAUGCAGAAACUGAAGUUAUUAAACUCAAUAAAAACUGUGGUUAUGUGAAACGAAGAACACGAACCGAGCCAGCUGUUGUCAGAUAUCCGAGAUUUUCGCCCACAAAAGAUCCAGAAAAAUACUAUCAUUCACUAUUGCAGCUUUUUCUACCACAUUAUGAUGACUGUCACUUGAAGCCAAGCAACUAUGAGACAUAUGAGGAGUACUACAACAGUGGUGUCAUAAAAACUAAUUCUGGAAUGAAAAAUGUGAAAUUAAUUGUUGAUUGCAACAGAGAAUUGUUUGAAAAGGACUCUGAUAAAUUAGAGCGAGCUAAACAGCUUUUGGAGAAGGAUAUAGAUUUAGAGGAUGCUUGGGCUGCAAUAUGUCCUGAAACUGAAAGAGAACGUCACGAAUGUAUGGAACUGAUGAAGAAUAAAGUAUUGCCUGAUGAAGAUAACACUCAAAACCUUAUUCCAGAUCUUACAGGAAACCAACAAACUAUUUCUACUGUACAAACAAACCAUACCACAUUGCCUAGAAAUGAAGCGUUACAUUUACUGCGAUCAUUAAAUGAGGAACAGUCUGACAUAUUCUAUAAAGUCCGUCAGUGGUGUUUACAAAAAGUACUUGGACAAAACCCUGAACCUAUCAGAUUGUUUAUCACUGGUGGAGCAGGCACAGGAAAAAGUCAUUUAAUUAAGGCAAUACACUAUGAAUCUUGCAGACUGUUAUCUCAGCUGUCUGAAAAUCCUGAUGAUGUUACUGUGCUUUUGACAGCUUCGACAGGAGUAGCAGCCUUUAAUGUUGGUGCUUCAACUGUUCAUAAUACAUUUUCAAUUGGUGCAAACGUCAGAUUGCCAUAUCAACCGCUUAGUGAUGACAAAAUAAAUUCUUUACGUAUCAAAAUGGGUAACCUGCAAAUUUUGAUUAUUGAUGAAGUCUCUAUGGUUGACCAUCGUCUGUUGUCAUACAUUCAUGGAAGGCUGCGACAAAUAAAACAAACUGGUGAUUACUCUUUAUUUGGAAAAGUCAGCAUUAUUGCUGUGGGUGAUUUCUAUCAGUUACCACCUGUGAAAGGAACUGCUCUUUAUGCUGAUUCAAAAGGAGUCAACCUAUGGGAAAGCAACUUUGAGCUUGCUGAAUUAACUAAAGUUGUUAGACAACAAGAUGCAUCUUUUGCUGGAAUGUUAAAUCGCCUGAGAGUUCAUAAGAAAAGUGAAGAUCUUAUCACUACUGAUAUUGAUGUGUUGAAAAAAUGUGAAACAGGGGAGAGAUGUAAUGACCUUCACAUAUUUGCUACAAAUAGCGAGGUUGAUAAAUACAACCUUGAAAGACUACAUGAGUGUUGUCCAGAUGCAAUUAGUAUAAAUGCUCAGGAUUAUAUCAGAAACUCAAAAACUGGAAGAAUGGAACGUAAAGUUGGAUACCACGCUACAGUUUUCAACUCAUGUCUAUCUAAAUGCAUUUCCUUGGGUGUUGGAGCAAGGGUUAUGUUAAAGAAAAAUAUUGAUGUAGCUGACGGUCUUGUCAAUGGAGCUUUUGGUACGGUUGUCCACAUAAGUGAAAGUCAGAAAAAAGGUGAAGAUAAUGAUGAUUUCCCAUCAGCUAUUUAUGUAGAGUUUGAUAAUCCAACUGUUGGGAAAGUUCAAAGAUGCAAAAAGCGUUACACACUUUUUCCAAAUUCAACUGUAAUUGAAGUACAAGAAGACCAGGUCACAAAUGCUGGUGGCAUAAGACGGCAAUUUCCACUCAGAUUGGCAUGGGCAUGUACAGUUCACAAAGUACAAGGACUCACAGUAGAUAAAGCUGUUGUUUCACUUAAUAAAAUCUUUACAGCAGGACAAGCAUAUGUUGCUUUAAGCCGAGUUAGGUCUCUUAGUGGAUUAAUCAUUGAGGACUUUAAAGAAUCUGUCAUAUUUUGUAAUGAAAAAAUCGAGUUGUCUUUGAAAGAUAUGACAAAAAUAAAAUUGGAUAAGUACAGUUUUAGUAAAUCCUUUGGCUGUAGCAGUGAUAUGGUAAUGGAGUCAGAUGAAAGAGGAUAG